UUACUUUAUACUGUACAUAGCCAUCGUGUUAUAGGAGACGAAUGCCUAUGGUUGUUAUAUCGCAAGCGGCAUCUACUAUCUAUAGAGGUACGUCCCAAUAAUCUUCUUGUAAACUGUCAGGUUCAAAUUAGUGCUCCUCGCCUUUAAAAUUGAAUGCCACUGAAUAUUUUAUAAAGUCGAAAGCGCCUUACAAAGACAGAGCAACUGUUGAUUGCUGAAAGAGAAGGAAGGCUUAUAGUUUGUUCUAAAAUCAGUUAAAAGCAUAUGUGAGUCCUUUGAGACACACGAUGAGUUAAUUUGGCUUUUAAUUUCAAUGCCAGUAUUCAGGUGCUUGAAUUAGUUUCUGAGAGAUAUAAAUAAUGUAUGGAAAGUCUUGGAGGGAGUUAAGCUAUGACAGUUAGUUAUACUCAGUCGCAAGAAUCGAACAGUUUCCAAGUUAAAGUUUAACUGUAUGUUUAUAUCUCAAGGCAAGCGAUAUAUGGCUCAAGACAUGGCUAGUUGCAAAGUCAAGCUGGUCAUUUUGGUAGUUGUAGCUGCUGUAUUUCACUCAGCGUUUUCGAAGCAUCUGAAUCAAAGCGAGAAGCAUACGACGCGAAGACGGAUCCGACAAGAACUAACAACACCACCAUCGGAAACCACAGUUGUCCAAACGACCUCAAGUUACGCAACCACAAUUGCCAUUAUUCCUUCUACUUCGACAGAUGCCGGUACAACAACGACGCAAUCAAGCCAAAACCUCACAACUAAUGCUAUCCUACCUGAACAUCUUGUUGAGGAAACGACUUUAGCUCCUAUAACAGAACCCGGGAAGCCUAUGGUUGUUUCUACCACUCCAGAACCACCGACCGAUGCCGAAGUCACCAUGGCUGAAAUAGCAAAACGAAUUGAACAGAGCCCGGGCCUUAAUUCCGCUAUAGAAGCAACGUUGGUGGUCGUGGUUAUACAAACUAUGCUGGGACUUGGUUGCACAAUGGACGUGACUUUGAUAAAAGAACAUUUACAACGUCCUAGUGGUAUUGCGAUUGCAGCGUCGUGUCAGUUUGGAAUCAUGCCUUUUAUAUCAUUCCUCAUGGCAAAGAUAUUCGGCUUAGACAAAGUAGCAGCUAUUGCUGUGUUGGUUACAGGUUGUUGUCCGGGUGGAAACCUUUCAAACUUGCUCACCUAUUUUCUUUAUGGAGAUAUGAACUUGAGCAUCUUAAUGUCGAGUAUCUCCACUGUGUUGGCGCUGGUUUUUAUGCCGUUCUGUUUGUUCAUCUACGGUUCGAGCUGGAUUAGCGCUUAUACCAUCGGAACCAUGAUUCCAUUCGGUGGGGUUGUUCUUACACUGAUAAUGACGUUGUUUCCUGUUUGUCUUGGGAUGGCAAUCAAGUCAAGAUGGGAGAAAGUGGCAAACUCGCUAUUAAAGGUGUCCUUGUUUGGGGUUGGUGUUGCGUUUAUUGCUCUGAUGACGUUGUCGGUCAUCAUGUUCGGGAGUUCAAUCUUUACCGCGAUAUCUCCUUCUACCUACGUCAUCGCUUUCGUCAUGCCGCUGAUUGGUUACGGGUCAGGCUACCUUCUUGCCACCGGCUUUCGUCUACCGGACAACAGUCGUCGCACAGUUGCGAUUGAAACUGGUUGUCAAAACAGUCAGCUGAGUUCUACUAUACUAAAAAUGGCUUUCGCAAACGAAGUUAUGGGCGCAUAUUUCCUCUUCCCGCUUUUAUACGCUCUCUUUCAGGGCCUAGAAGGCUUAGCUAUGGUAUUAGCUUUUCGCAUUUACCGUCGUUAUUACGCUGAUGAGUCUAUCGGUACAGCGCAUUCCCGUAUCACUUAUGAUAAAUUUGACGACGAGUGGGAUCCUAGCAUGCAUGGGGAAAGGUUCACUGGUUCUGACGGCGGUUUAUACCAGCAUUCAAGUAGCGAGGAAUCUAUGUACGGUCGCAUGCAGUUCGGCGGAGACGAAGACGGCGAAGAUGCUCCUCAACGAAAACCGAACAAACUGCAUCUAAAGCACAAGUUUUCACCAGGGGAGUUGCCAAUAAAGGCAAGCUUAAAUGAAAACCCGAAAGGAGAUGAAACAAAUCUCAUUUCUGGGCAGCAAACUGGUGACUUGCUGGACUAUGGUGGUCUUGGAGACUCGCGUUAAAGAACAACUUAAGUUGGCAAUAUUAGACAGUCGAAACGUUUCUAGCCAGUGCAAGAUAUAGGCUACCUUUCAUAUUUUGGUCAUGUAAUCACCAAACUGCAAUAUAUAGUUCCAUUCUGCAUAUAUACCCAACUGCUGCAAAGGAAUCGAUAGCGAUUUUACCUGUACCUGUACCUUUUAUUAUCUAUAUUAUAUAAUACUGUACUCCACUAUAGUUGGAUUCUGCACUUCUUAAAAGUGUGACUUUGUCGAUACCUUUUAUGUGCAGGUGUUCCGCAUAUUGUGUUCUAUGUUCACAUAUUUUUGCAUUGUAUUCACAAGUAUGUAUUUUGCUGUAUAUUACAAAACAAACCUAUAGCCCUGCUAACGGGCAGAAG